CUGAAUUCUAAUUAGCCAUAUAACCCUACUGCCCGCCCCCCAAUUUCAUAUCUCCCCCCAAAUUGUGGUGGCGACGGGCGUCUUCCUGCUUACAGGGUUCGUCUGAAGUUCAAACCACGCGUUAAUCCCAGCUAUCAUUGGCUGUUAUGGCGUCUCAACAUCACAGCGGUAAUGAAACCGACGGCAGUCCAUUACCGGAGGGUUGCUCUGAUAUGAUAACGAACAAAGGAGUAGUAGCACCAGGCGCUAGACGGGUGUGGACGGAACGCGAGGAGGCCAUCCUUUUGGCAGCUAUGAAGGAGUUGGCUGCCACCGGCUGGAAGUCGGAUAAUGGUUUCCGUUCAGGGUAUCUAACCCGUGCGCUGGAGGCACUAAAACGUGAAUUUCCAAAAACUGAUAUUGUUGUUCAUCCUCACAUAAAGUCGAAAAUCACUUCUUGGAAGAAGAAUUACUAUUCGCUAAUGCAAAUACUUGACCGUAGUGGAGUUGGUUUCAAUGCGGAUGGUGAGUACAAGAUAGAUAUCGACGAUGAACAAUUGUCACAAGUCGUGCAGGUAAUAUAAUUCACAAUUUGCAAGUUUGAAUUAGUUGUUUUGGUAUAUGUUUUUAAAUCAUUUCCCGAACUUUGCGUGCAACCACCAAUAUAUAUUAGAUGCGUCGAGGAUGAAAGCGAAGAAGUUUUUAUUAUUGUCAAUUUGAUGUGUUGAUAUCAUGUGACUGGCUUGUAUAUAUUCGUAACACACCAAUUGAAAUGUCAUGGUUUUAUACUUGUUUGAUUA